UCGCCAGCGCCAAAACGGAAGCGGAAGUGACGCUGCCUCUGUGAGAGCCUAGGCAGGCAGCAGGCAGGAACAAAGUUGGACAGGCGGACAAACGGUUGAAUAAUGCAAAUUAAAACACAAUAAAAUGUAAAACACACAGACACACACUCACACACACCAACAGGCGCCAACUGGAGCAAAAAAGCUAUACAACAACAGAAACAACAAAUAGAGAAAAUAGAAAAGAAAAGUAGGCGAAACGGUUGACAUGCCCCAAAAAAAAGGAAAAAGAACGAACGAAGAAGGAAAACAAUGCGCGUGGCGACAACUUUUCCACUGAAUUUGAUUUGAUUUGAGCGGCCAGACACGGAAUAAGUAUACGCUGCGUAUGCGCGAUAUACCUAUAUACAUGCAUAUAUAUCUAGAUAUAUAUAAAUAUAUAUAUAUCAGAGAGACUGACUGAGUGUGUAGAGCUGAGAGCUGAGCCGAGUUGGAAAAUUUGCAUAACUUUGCUGGCGUGGCAUAAACAUCAAAAACAAAUUGCAAGUAACAAAAGAAAACGGUCAUAAAAAGGCGCCAGCCUCGUAAAAAAAUAUAUAUAUAUAUAUAUAUACAAAAUACAAGAACAACAUAACACAACCCACUCCUCUCCUCUCGCUCUGUCUCUCUGUCUCUGUGUGUCCUUCCUUCAUUGGUGAAAUUAAUUUAUGCAGCAAAUCAAAUACAAAUAGGAAAAAGUAUAAAAGUAAUCGUAAGCAUAAAACAAUUAAGGACACGCUGGCAAAGAACCAGAAAAGUGCAAGUCAAUAUACGUGAGAAAACGUAGCAAAAGUAGACUUUUGGGGCCAACUUGGGGUCAUCUUUGGGCAUCCCUAACAGAAAGAGAGAGAGAGAGAGUGAGAGAGAUAAGAGGGAGAGAGAGAGAGAGUCAGCAUAGCCGGGUAUAGCCAAGGGUUGCCUAUAAAUGUACCAGGACAGCGGCUGCAACAGCAGUAGCAGUCGACGCGGCAGCAGCACAGCAGCAGCAGCAACAGGAUCAGCAGCAGCAGCAACACCAACUCCUACUGCAGCAACAGCAGCAACUGGUACCAGCAGCAGUGACGAGGACACGCUAGAGACUCUCACGAUCAUAACCACCACCAUAACCGAGACCGAAAUCCAUGCGGCUGCAACCACAGCAACCACAACGACCACAACGGUUAUAGCCGGCGGCGGUGGAGGCGGUACAGCAAGCACAGUGACCACUGGAGCAGGAUCUACAGCAGUUACAGGUGUUGCAGCUGUAGAAGCAGCAACAGCAGCAGCAGCAACAGCAGCAGCAGCAGCAUUGCUACUCGCCACCAGCGACAUCGACGACAGCAGUCAGGUGGAGAGCGAGGACAGUGAGGAGUGUGAAUACGUAGAGAUCCACGAGGGUUCCUCUCUAAGUAGCAGCACCAGUGGCCAUGCGGCACUGCAACGCAGUGGCCACCAGGAACAUCAACACCAUCACAAUCAACAACAACAAUUGCAAUUGCAAUUGCAGCAGGCGGAUGUGCGACUGUUGCGCAAGAUCGGUUAUAUUGCAUCGCGGGUACGUUAUUUAUCCAAAUUUUACGGUGACUUUCGUCUGGUGAAUCCAUACAGUGCCCGAAGGCAGCGGCGACAGCUGCAGGAGAUCCUGUUGCGUCACUCGAUCUUUGAUCCGGGCAAGGAGCACCAGAGGGCCAUUGUAUUGGCAGCGGCCACGGCGGCCAUAGCGGGGCCCCUGGCAGCGCUUGCAGCGGGAACAGGAGCAGCAGCAGGAGCAAUUACAGCAGCAGUAGCAGCAGCAGAUUGUGUCAGCAGCAGUAGCAACAACAGCAUAGAGGCGGUGAGUAGCAGUGAACUGGAGGAGCACGAUCAGGAUCAGCUAGCAGAAAAGAGCCCCGAGCAGCAGGACGAGGACGAGGAGGAACUAGAGGCGGAGACGGAGCAGCAACAGGCGCAACCCGUUAUUGCCGUGACCACCACAUCGACCACCGUGCGCCGGAAAUCCUCGAGCAGUUCCACCAUUAGCGGUACGGCCACUGUUUCCGGUUCCGUUUCGGUUUCGGCCAGUGCCUCGCAAUCCUUUUGCUCCAAUUCACCGAUAGCUCUGCUUGAAGAGUUGCUUAUACAGUUUUACGAGGAACAAGAGCAGCAGCAUCGCAUCAGGCAACAGCAACAGCAGCAGCAGCAGCAACAGCAACAGCAGCAAGUGCCACCAAGUUGCAGCUUACAGCUGACUGCCAGCGAUACUACCACUACUAAUAAUAACAAUAAUAACAACAAUAAUAACAACAAUUGCAACAGCCUACAGAACAACAACAACAUGUCCACAUCAAUGUCGAAUAUGGCCAGCAGUGUGCAAACCACCAGCGAUCCACAACAGCAACAGCAGCAGCAGCAACAGCCACCAGUCACACCCAUAGCCUCCAGCUCGGGUUCCAUUUCCGUUACCGGAAUCGGGAUUGCCUCAACCGGAGCACAGCCAAGUAUCAAUAAUCCAAGUAGCAACAUGCAACAGCAGCAGCAACAGCAACAGCAGCAGCAGAAGCAACAUCUGCAGCAACAUUCGUUGCAACACUUGGCAUUGACAGCCCCAGAUGCCGGUGAUAAUCCACGCCGAAGGCGGGCCAGUGACUGUUCCGCUGUCCAGGCAGCCCUCCAGAAUCAGCUGCACUGCAUCACGUUGAAGAACAACAAUUGUGCCGCUGGCAAGGCGUUACCCUUCCAUCGCGGCAGUUGUGGUGCGGCAGGAGAGCAUUUGCUGGCCGCCAAUUCGAUAGCCAACAGAGCCACCAUUAUACUGAGUAAAUCCUGCAGCAAUGUGGAUGGUGAUGGCAUUGGCAUAGGCAUAGGUGGAGGUGGUGGAGGAGGAACUGGUCACAACAAGCUGAGAGCCAGUGCCACCGAUAUUGAGUCGAAUGCUCUAAAUGGUGCCAGAGAUGCCAUGGCCAUGGCAAAUGCCUCGAAUAAUGGUAAUGGGAAUGGAAACGGGAAUGGAAAUGGUAAUGGAAAUGGAAAUGGAAAUGGGAACAAUGGCAACAACGAGUACAGCAUUCUGCAGCUGAACAACACGAUCAUUCAGUGUCACUUCAACGACGAUGACUUUCGCGCCCUGGUCAAGGAUCUUAAGCGCAAGGUCGAGUACACGGAGCGCAUGAAUUGGUUAUGCCUCUCAAAACGGCCAUUGGGGCCACCGCAUCGUAAAAGCAGUCUACCAAAGCAUCAGGAGGUGAAGCGACGCUUCCUGGAAAUUUGUGAUACGACCUUCUCGGAGGAGGUGAGGGCCGCCCUCCGUCUGCCGGCCUUCGACUCAUACGAGUGGGGCGACGCGGACGUUAUCCACCUUAUGCAAACUAUGUUCGUUGAGCUGGGAUUCAUCGAGAAGUUCAGCAUUCCGGUGGAUAUAUUACGUGAAUGGCUCUACGAGGUCUACAAGCACUACAACGAGGUGCCCUUCCACAAUUUUCGGCAUUGCUUCUGCGUUGCCCAAAUGAUGUAUGCCAUAACGCGUCAGGCGAAUCUAUUGAGCCGCCUGGGCGAUCUGGAGUGUCUAAUCCUGUUGGUGUCCUGCAUUUGCCAUGACCUCGAUCAUCCCGGCUAUAACAAUAUCUAUCAGAUUAAUGCCCGCACUGAGCUGGCACUCAGAUACAAUGACAUCUCGCCGCUGGAGAAUCAUCACUGUUCGAUAGCCUUCCGCCUGCUGGAGCAUCCCGAAUGCAACAUAUUCAAGAACUUUAGUCGCGACACCUUCAACACUAUUCGCGAGGGCAUCAUCCGGUGCAUUCUGGCCACGGACAUGGCCCGUCACAAUGAGAUCCUCACCCAGUUUAUGGAAAUAACGCCCAUCUUCGAUUAUAGUAAUCGUGCCCACAUUAAUCUGCUCUGCAUGAUCCUAAUCAAGGUGGCGGACAUUUCAAACGAGGCCCGACCCAUGGACGUGGCUGAACCCUGGCUGGAUCGACUGCUUCAGGAGUUUUUUGCCCAAAGUGCAGCGGAAAAGUCAGAGGGAUUGCCAGUGACGCCGUUCAUGGAUCCGGACAAGGUCAGUAAGCCGGGCUCCCAGGUGCGUUUCAUUGGUUUGGUGCUAUUGCCACUAUUCGAGGCAUUGGGUGAACUUGUGCCCGAGCUGACGGACCUCAUCAUUAUACCCGUGCGCAUCGCUUUGGAGUAUUACAGGCGCCUGAAUGAUGCCCAGACAAAGACCCGAAAAUCGGUGGCGGAUAGCAACACAUCGGCAACCUCGGACAGUAAUAGUGGCACCAUUGAUUCCAAUGCGGCAAUGGUCAGCACACCGGGCGGGGCCAGUGACAAGCUCAGCUUGGAAAAGUCCCAAGGCAACAUGCAGGGCUCUGGCGGCGGAGGAGGUGGAGGAGGAGGAGCUGGAGGCGGAGGCGGAGGAGGAGGAGCAACUGGUUCAGGAGGAGGAAGUGGCGGCACUGGAGGCGGCUCUGGAGGAGGAGGAGGAGGCAGCAGCAAUACCGCUGGCAGUGUAUCCCCACAAAUGCCACGCUCGGGGUCUGGCAUCAGCGUAAAGUCACGCCGCAGCAUCCCAUCACAAAAGUCCGCCUCGAGGACAUCCGUGGAUGAGCCGGGAGGCAUGGCAGCGGAGCUUCACGAUCUGCCAGAGGGGAGCGAAAGUGGCGAUUCGGAAACGGCCACCGAAGUGGAUGUGGCCGAGAAGACAUCCAAAUUCAAAGUGGACACCGAAGGCAGCAGCAAUCGUAGCAAAUCCUCCCACUCCACCUCCCGCAAAUCCUCACGCGAGAAGCGUCCCUCAAUGAUCGGCGAACUGUGCAGCAGCGGCGGUGGCCAACGGAUUCGCAACUCCUAUGGCAAUAUCCAUGGCUAUCAUAGCAAUCGUUGUCACUUUGGCAACAAUCGAGCGGUUAGUUUGGAUCAGUACAGCAGCGGUGGCAACAAUCGAAGGCUCUCGGAUGGAUUGCCCCAGGUGAUCUCCGACAGCAAUGUGUUCUACGGACGCCACAAUCGCAGCAGCGGCCUUGCAGAAACCACAUCUGCAGGUGGAGGUGGAGUCGGAGGCGGCUGUGUGGUUGUUGGCAUUCCGCAGGAUACUAAUGCCAAUACGAAUGUACCACCUGGUAGCUGUCAACUGAAGGAGCUCCUUGCCCGCACCGAGGCUGGUGAUUCCGAGAACGAAGAUCCAGCUGCUCCAGCUGCUGUCCAGGAUGCUCAGGAGGUUGAUAAAUUGGCCACGAAGAUGAUGAUGAUGAAGCCAAUGCCAGUGGCAGUGCUGGCCUCCUCCUCGAAUGGGAAUAUAUCACCGCCCAUGGUGGUGACCGAACAGAUCCUGCCCAGCAAUGGCAGCACACGCAGCAGUGCCAGCAGUGCUCGGGGGCAGGGUGCUGCUGCUCCCGGAGGAGCAGGUGGAGUCAUGCCAGGACCCUCAUCGGGCAGCAGCUCAUGGAAAUCAAGGCUGCGCCAAUUCUCCGACUAUUUUAGCUUCAGCUUUGACAAAGGCAACAAGCGCUUUGGCAGCACACGAAGUAGUCCCUGCUCCAGCUCCGGUCGGGCCAAUAAUAAUGCCAACGGUUUGGCCGAUGUUGUGGGCCAGGAUCAAGGUAAAUCCGGUGUGGUUAUGUGCUGCAAUGUGGUGCAUGGUUCACCGGCAAAGCCAGGUGGAGCUGCAGGUGCUGGAGCAAUGGAGAUCUUGACUACCCAGGGAGGUGGAGUAGGAGUUGGAAUUGGAGUUGGAGUUGGAGGAGGUGAUUCCCAUCAGCGUCAUCGUGCCUAUAGCCUGGAUGUGCCCGGCAUGAUGCGUUAUUCCUCCAGCGAUAGCAGUCGCCAUCCCAGUAGCAAUACCCUACAGAGUGGUGCUGGAAUCACUGCCGGGGAUGCCCCUGCGAUUCCCUUAGUGCCGCCCAGCUUGAGCGUGGAAAUGGGUUUGGCCAGUGGAUCCUCUUCGGAGGCGGGACCAAAGAUUUGACACAAGGGGAGCGCCAGAGAUUUGGAUGAGCAGGUUCAUAAUCACAAUGACGACGAUGAGGAUGACGAAGAAGACGAUGAAAUGGGCGUGGAGGAUCGAGAGGAUCGAGAGGAGCGACGACAGCUGCAACAGCCGGCGGAUGCCACAUCCAGCUGUGAGGUGUCCUCCAUGUCGAUGACCGUUUGGUCGGCCAUCGGUCAGCGUCUCAAUGCCCUUGUCUGCCAUUGCUGUGAGCGUAAGCUUCCCGAGCCGGAGAAUGUCUAAAGGAAAGACUUGGAAAAUCUAUGGAAAAUCUAUGGAAAAUCUAUGGCAAACCUAUGGAAAAUCUAUGGCAAACCUAUGGGAAAAUCUAUGGAAAAUCUAUGGGAAAAUCCUAGAAGAAAUCAUGCAAAACCUGCUUCUUCCUGUAGUGAAGUAAAAACAACUGUUGACAAAGACCUAAAAAUAAAUGUAGUAAACAACUAAACAAAGCUAUAAAAAGCUGUAAAAAUCCCUAAAAAAAAAACGUCGUAAAAAGCCGUUAAAAAUGUCGUAAAAAUCAGCUAAAAUCCAUUUAAAAAAACGUAAUUUUAGCAGCUGGGCCAUCAGCAAAACAAACACACACAGACUUGGUCUAAGGUUUAGCUCGUAACACUUUUAACACUAUUAGUUUUAAGUUCCCCUUGAUUUACUCGUGUUUUUUUUUGUUUUUUUUCUAUUUCUGUUUUUUCUUACCAUUAUCAUAUAUAUAUAUUUUUUUUUACGCAAAGAGGUCAAAUUUUAGUCAACGCCACUGGCAAGUUAAUAGCUUUCUGAGUAUUACGCAUCAAUGGCGGUGGGAUCAACAGUAAGGUACAGUAAGGUACAGUAAGGUACUGUAAGGUACAGUUCACCAAAAAAAAUUCUGUUUUGGAAUUAUUUAGAUCUUUGCCUUGAACCGAAAGACCCAUGUCGUCUUGCCCUACACUUGCUUGUGUUUGAUCUUAAUUAAAAAACCGAUUGUUAGUUCACAAUUCCUUAUUUGAACUCUAUUUUUAUUUGUCCUGUCAGAUCAAAUAAGAUCCACUAAAUUCUUGGAAUAAAACGCUCCAUUAUAUCGGGAAAUGCUAGAUAUAAUUGCUAGUUGCUAGAUAUUGCCGUUUAAAAAGCGGAAAUGACCGAAAUAAUGGUUCAGCAAAUCGCAGAAAUCUGCUACGUUUAUCCUUGCAACAUUUAUCCUUGUUAAAUAACAAAUACCUGAGACGUUAGUUCGCCGAAAUUUGUGAUAUGCCAUGCGUUUUUUUAAUUGAUGCAUUAAUGAACUCACAUUUCAUCUCUCUGGGUCCGUACGAUAAGAAUAUCGCUACUUAUGUAGUCAGGGCGAGAAUUAGCGUCCCGGAUUGAGCACUAGUAAAAAAAAAGCCUCUAAUUUAGAAAAUAUAUCACUAACAUUGCCAGCAUGUUUGUCUUCAUCGCCGACGUCAUCUUUAGAUUUAGGUUUUGAUUCCGUUAGCUCUUUUGAUUCUUAUUAAUAUU